UCAACAUUAACCUAACUUUUUAUAAAUUUCAUAAAUUAUUUUUUUUAUAGAAGUUUUACGUUAUUAAAUUACAAUUUUAAAAUGACCGAGUCACCUAGUAACUCGACAAUUCCUUAUAGCAAGAAAAACGAUAAACAUCAAGAUGAGAAAUUAAUGGAACCAUUUAUUUACAUAUUGCAAGUACCUGGAAAGGACAUAAGGUCAAAAUUGGCAAAAGCGUUUAACUACUGGUUGAACGUCCCUGAUGAAAAACUGUCUCAAAUAUCAGAUAUUGUUAAAAUAUUGCACAAUUCUAGUCUUCUAAUAGAUGAUAUACAAGAUAAUUCUAUUCUCAGAAGAGGUAUUCCUGUUGCACAUUCAAUUUAUGGAGUAGCUAGUACAAUAAAUACAGCUAAUUAUACAUCUUUUAUUGCCUUAGAGAGAGUGAUGGAUCUAAAUCAUCCUGAAGCAAUUUCAAUCGCCUUAGAACAAAUUUUAGAAUUAUAUAGAGGCCAAGGAAUGGAAAUAUAUUGGAGGGACAAUUUUACUUGCCCUUCUGAAGAAGAAUAUAAACAGAUGGUUAAAAGAAAAACUGGAGGAUUAUUUAUGUUAGCUAUAAGGUUGAUGCAACUUUUCAGUGAUAAUAAGGCUGACUUCACAAAGAUAACAGGAAUUUUGGGCCUUAUAUUUCAAAUACGCGAUGAUUACAUAAAUCUGGUGUCAAAAGAUUAUAUGCAUCAUAAAAGCUACUGUGAAGAUUUAACCGAAGGUAAAUUCAGCUUUCCUAUUAUUCAUGCGAUUCAUAGUCAAGCAGAAGAUAAGCAAAUUAUCCAUAUACUUCGGCAACGAACAAAGGAGAUUGAAGUAAAAAAGUACUGUGUAGAUUUAUUAGAAAAAUUCGGCAGUUUUGAAUACACAAGGCAGACCUUAAAAAAUCUGGAAAAAGAUGCUAAAGAAGAACUGGAGAAGUUGGGCGGAAACCCUUACAUGGAAGAUUUUAUUAACUCAUUAUCAAAAACGUAGUUAAGUAUUAAAUAAAUAAAAAUAUGUAUGUUUGUUACCUUUAUACAUUGUUUUAAAU